AUGAGGAAGAAGCGGAAAGGUAGUGAAACUGAGGGUUCGGAGAGGGAAAACUUGGCAGAGGAUUUAUCUUGCACGACUGCGUCACGAUCAUCCAACUUCCGGUCACACUUUUCGCUAGAGGGUUAUGCUAGACUGAAGAAGCGGUGCAAGGAGAAUGAUGAUGUCGAGUCUGUUGGUUCCUUUAAGAGACGAAUAGCCGGCGUGGCUACUGCACCUCCUUGCGGUGCAUCGUCUUUGGUUUCGUCAGGGAGAGGUUUGAAGAGGAAGAUUGGGUGCAUUGAUGUUUCCACACAGACUGGGAGGAAGAAUAAGAUUCAUGAUGACUAUGUUUUUGGUCCAAAUAUUGGGAAAGGGAAGUUCGGGUCGGUGAGGAUCUGUAGGUCGAAGAAUAAUGGGAUUGACUUUGCGUGUAAAACUCUGAACAAGGGGGAGGAGACGGUUCACAGGGAAGUUGAGAUUAUGCAACAUUUAUCUGGUCAUCCUCGGGUUGUCACAUUGCAUGCUGUUUAUGAAGAGUCGGAUUGUUUCCAUCUCGUGAUGGAGCUGUGUCCGGGGGGGCGUUUGAUUGAUCAGAUGGUCAAGGAGGGAAAGUAUUCUGAGCAGCGAGCAGCUAAUAUAUUCAAGGACCUCAUGCUAGUCAUCAAUUAUUGCCACGAGAUGGGAGUUGUGCACAGAGAUAUCAAACCUGAGAACAUUCUCCUAACAUCUGCUGGGAAGAUACAGCUGGCUGAUUUUGGCCUCGCCAUGAGAAUUGCAAAAGGUCAAACAUUGUCUGGAUUAGCAGGAAGUCCUGCUUAUGUUGCACCUGAAGUUCUUUCUGAAAACUAUUCAGAGAAAGUCGACAUUUGGAGUGCAGGAGUGCUCUUAUACGCUCUCUUGUCUGGUGUACUCCCGUUUAAGGGAGACUCCUUGGAUGCCAUUUUCGAAGCAAUCAAAAAAGUGAAGCUUGAUUUCAACUCGGGAGUGUGGGAGUCCGUGUCCAAACCAGCCCGUGAUCUCUUGGCAAGAAUGCUAACAAGGGAAGAAUCUGCCAGAAUCACAGCCGAUGAAGUGCUAAGGCAUCCAUGGAUACUCUUUUACACAGACCGGACACUCAAGACGAUGUGUAUCAAGUCGAAGAAGAGUCAAGCAGGACCUCCUCCUUGCCUCCAGAUUCGCAGCAGUCCGAUAGAGAAAACUGACAUAAAAAGAGCUAACAGAGAGAAGAAGACAACAUCUGAUUCACCGAAUGAUUCAUUCUCCAACACAGAGGAGGAGGAAGAAGAUGAGAGCGGUGUGGUGGAUGUGCUUGUGGUUGCAAUCUCCAACGUGAGGAUCUCAGAACCAAAGAGAAGCAGAGUCUGUAGUCCCACGAACAGCCCCAUUGAACAGCAACACUCGUCUAACUUGACCACGACUAAUACACUCUGUCGAGCCUUCUGA